UUUGGUGAAAGCAAAUCACAAGGGCCUCCCAGAUUCAAGACUCCACCUCUCAGUGGGUGAAGCACAGGCUCAGAGGAUGGAAGGAACUGUGGGCAGCCCUCUUUGCUGAUAACCCACCAUGCUGUAGAUAAAUGGUUUUGCUAACUCUUCUAUGUGAUUUACCACGUGCCCUUUUGUGCCUGGCAGUGGCUGAGAAUCUCCACGUAUUACCUCAUUCAGCCUUCACAACAUCCCUGUGCUGUUUGCACGCACUACUUGUCAUCCCCAUUGAACAGAGGAAGAACGGAAGAGGUGAAGGUGACUUCCUCAGGACCGAGAGCUAGUGAGUGGUGGAGCUGAGAUCUGAAUGGAGGCAGUCAGGUUCCUGAGUCCAACCUGUCUGAUCAUGAUACUGCAUCUGAUCACCCUUGCGAACCACAUCUGGAGUCUUCCAAGCAGGAAAUCAGAGUCACCCACAGAGACUCGUUCACCCUCACUGGUCCACCCAGGCUACAAAUACUGUUAAUUCAUUCUCUCUGUCUCUCCCUCCCUCCCUCUCCCUCUCUCUCUGUCUCGGCUGGCUCUCUCUCUUCAGGCCUUAACCCCCUUCCUCAUCUCCUCCUUGGGCUCUUGCUCUAGACCCCCAUCUGGCCCCCUCCCCCUGUGCUUCCCUGAGCUCCCCAGCCCUCCAUGCCUCAGACACUUAUUGCCCUAAAAUUCAAGCUGACUGUGUCACUUUACCUAAAAGUUCUGCCAGCUCCCUAUCAUCUGUUACUGUUCAUAGUCUUUGGUGUGGAUGCCAGGCCCUUCACCACCUGUGCCUAGCGUGCCUCACCAUCGCCUUCACUCCAGCCACCCCAUACUCUGCUGUUACAUCCACACUCAUGCUCACUCACUUCCGUGUAUUUGUGCUGCAAUCAUUAAAUCAGCACUGACUCUGCUGGGCGCUUCGCUAGGAGAUGGAGGUACUAUCCUGACGAACACACCCACAGGGCUCCCUCAGAGCUUACAGGCUCAGUGCAGAUGCAGACCACUACAAGGUGGUGUGAUGUGUACUGUAAUGGGAGAAAUCUUGGGUGCUGAGCACACACAGGAUCACCUAACCCAGAAUAGGAGAAUCAGGGGAGGGAGCAUCUUUCAGGAAAUCUAAGCUGGAUCUUAAAGAACGAGUGAAAUCUAACCAGGUGAAGGGAGAAAGCAGAGUCACUCAUUCAUUCAUUUCUUUCUACUAAUAUUCACGGAGCACCAACUGUGUUCCAACCACUGUUCUAGAUGUUGGAAAUAGUGCAGUGAACAAAACAGACCAAAAGUCCCUGGCCUCAAGCCAAGAGAGCUCCAGUGCCUCUAGCCACAGAGACAGGGUGCACGUGGCAAGCCCGUUAGAUGUGUUAGAGCAACGUCCUCAGUGGGGACUGCGCGUUAGUGUCACGUGGGGAGCUUUGCGGCCUCCUGACGCCCAGGGCCUUGCCUCAAGUAAUUCAGUCAGAAUGCCAGGGAGUGGGCACGACACUGGUGUUUUUUAAACUCCCCAGGUGGUUGUACUGGGCAACCAGGGUUGGCAGCCACUGCAUUAGAUGAACUGACGAUCAGAGAAGAAGUUAGGGAGGUGAGCAGAGGCCAGACCACUGAGGGUCUUGUAAGUCCUGUUGGGAACUUUUGUCGUAAUUGUGAAGGCACCGAGAGCUAGUGCAGGAUUUAAGCAGGAUAAUGACAGCAUCAGAUGACUCCCACCCACCUACUCCUUUUUUUCCCCCUUUAACAAAGGCUCAAUCUAGAUGCUCUGUGCAGAAUGGAUUCACGUGGAGCAGAAGUGAACUGAUGUCAGUUUGGAGGCUGUUGCAGAAGCCAAGGACAAAUGAUGGUGCUGGGCUGUGGGGAUGGCAGUGAGGAGAGAGAGGAAGGGGCCACGGCUGAGAGAUGUAGAAGGAGACUAGACAGGACUCCGUGAUUCACCGGAAGUAAGGGAUACAGGAGGGCAAAUAGUUGUGGAAGGUUCCAGCUCGGGGAGCUGGGUCUGUAGUGAGCUUGGUGCAAGAUGAGCAGGUUUGGAGAGAGCUGGUGGGCCCAUGUGGGACCUGCUGCUUACUCCCUUGUUCUGCUGCCCGCAAUCCUGUGUUUUUUCUUCUCCACAUGACAGGGCACUUGUCUCAAAUAAGACCUGUUUUACACAUCUCUUCCUCCAGGAAGCCUAUCUGGAUUCUUCCAUCCAUUGGCUCUGGGUUUUUUUGUGAAAGCCUUUUCGAGAUGGUCAGUUUUGAGAAAUGCUGAUCCGAUCUUACCUCACUUUACAGGCAAGAACCGAAGUUUGGAGGUAGACGAGCAAGCGAGCGGUUUGCCCGGGCGCAGAGCAUGAAGGCCGGGCGGGCGCGGGGAGCGGGCGCCCGCCGCCCGGCGCGGGGGUGAGCGAGAGAGAGAGCGGAGCGCGUGUGGCCGGCGCCGCUCGGCCGGGAGCUCCCGCGCCCGCGCCCCGCGCCCCGCGCCCGCCGCCGCCGCCGCCGCCCCUGGUGCGAUGGCGCAGAAACCCCGUUGACAAGGCACUGCUUUUUCAUGACGUUGUCAUGGAUGAUGAUGAUGACUCGUGUCUCCUUGAUCUUAUUGGAGACCCACAAGCAUUGAACUAUUUUCUACAUGGACCUAGUAACAAAUCGAGCAAUGAGGACCUGACUAAUACAGGAUAUUCUGCAGCCAAUUCAAAUUCAAUUUUUGCCAACUCUAGUAAUGCUGAUCCUAAGUCAUCCCUCAAAGCUGUAAGCAGCCAGCUUGGAGAAGGGCCCAGUGAUGGACUGCCACUUUCAAGUAGCCUUCAGUUUCUCGAAGAUGAGCUUGAGUCUUCUCCUCUUCCUGAUCUCAGUGAGGACCAACCUUUCGACAUUCUUCAGAAAUCCUUGCAAGAGGCCAAUAUCACUGAACAAACAUUGGCAGAAGAGGCAUAUUUGGACGCCAGUAUAGGUUCAAGCCAACAGUUUGCACAAGCUCAGCUUCAUCCCUCUUCAUCAGCAUCCUUUACUCAGGCUUCUAAUGUUUCUAAUUACUCAGGUCAGACGCUGCAGCCUAUAGGGGUGACUCAUGUGCCUGUUGGAGCAUCGUUUGCAAGCAAUACAGUGGGUGUGCACCAUGGCUUUAUGCACCACGUGGGGAUCAGUGUGCCCAGCCAGCAUUUGUCUAACAGCAGUCAGAUUAGUGGUUCUGGUCAAAUACAGUUAAUUGGGUCAUUUGGUAAUCAACCUUCCAUGAUGACUAUUAAUAACCUAGAUGGAUCUCAAAUCAUAUUAAAGGGCAGUGGGCAACAGCCCCCAUCAAAUGUGAGUGGAGGGCUUCUGGUUCACAGACAGACUCCUAACGGCAACUCCUUGUUUGGGAACUCCAGUUCCAGUCCAGUAGCACAGCCUGUUACCGUUCCAUUUAACAGCACAAAUUUUCAAACGUCUUUACCUGUGCAUAACAUCAUCAUACAAAGGGGUCUUGCACCAAAUUCAAAUAAAGUCCCGAUUAAUAUCCAGCCAAAGCCUAUACAGAUGGGUCAGCAAAACACAUACAAUGUGAACAAUUUGGGAAUACAGCAGCACCACGUUCAACAAGGGAUCUCUUUCGCCUCUGCAAGCUCACCCCAGGGCUCGGUGGUUGGUCCGCACAUGUCGGUGAACAUUGUCAACCAACAGAACACAAGGAAACCAGUCACGUCACAGGCAGUGAGCAGCGCGGGGGGCAGCAUCGUUAUUCAUUCUCCCAUGGGCCAGCCUCACACACCCCAAAGUCAGUUCCUCAUACCUACAAGCCUUUCCGUCAGUUCCAACUCGGUACACCAUGUCCAGACCAUAAAUGGGCAACUUCUUCAGACUCAACCCUCUCAGCUCAUUUCUGGCCAGGUGGCCUCAGAGCAUGUCAUGUUGAACAGAAACUCCUCCAACAUGCUCAGGACCAACCAACCGUAUUCUGGACAGAUGCUUAACAACCAGAACACCGCCGUCCAGUUAGUGUCUGGGCAGACAUUCGCUGCCUCUGGAAGUCCAGUGAUAGUCAAUCACGCCUCUCCUCAGAUUGUUGGUGGACAGAUGCCCUUGCAGCAGGCGUCACCGACCGUAUUGCACCUGUCCCCUGGGCAGAGCAGCGUCUCCCAAGGAAGACCGGGCUUCACCACCAUGCCCUCGGUGACGAGCAUGUCAGGACCUAGUCGGUUCCCCGUGGUCAGCUCCUCCAGCACUGCCCAUCCUAGUCUCGGGUCUGCGGUUCAGUCUGGUGCAACAGGAUCAAACUUUACGGGAGAUCAGCUGACCCAGCCAAACAGGACUCCAGGACCGGUCAGUGUGUCUCAUCGUCUUCCAGUUCCUUCUUCCAAAUCUACCAGCACCUUCAGCACCACACCCGGGGUGGGAGCCCAGCAGCAGUUCUUCUGUCAGGCUCAGAAAAAAAGUUUGAAUCAGACGUCCCCCAUUUCUGCUCCCAAGACAGCAGAUGGCCUGAGGCAAGCACCCAUCCCCGGCCUCCUGAGCACCGCACUGCCAGGGCAGGAUUCUGGAAGCAAAGUUAUACCGGCGUCCUUAGGAACGGCACAGCCACAGCAGGAAAAAGGAGUUGGAUCAUCUCCUGGCCAGCCAGCUGUGCAGGUGGAUAGUCAUUCGGGAGGACAGAAGAGGCCUGCUGCAAAACAGCUAACGAAAGGAGCUUUCAUUCUCCAGCAGUUACAGAGGGACCAAGCCUACGCUGUGACACCUGACAAAAGUCACUUCCGCUCACUGAGUGACGCGGUGCAGAGGUUGCUCUCCUACCACGUGUGCCAGGGCUCCAUGCCCACGGAGGAAGACCUGAAGAAAGUCGACAAUGAAUUUGAAACAGUUGCCACUCAGCUCCUAAAAAGGACCCAAGCUAUGCUUAACAAGUACAGAUGCCUGCUCCUGGAAGACGCCAUGCGGAUCAAUCCCUCUGCUGAGAUGGUGAUGAUCGAUAGAAUGUUCAACCAGGAAGAAAGAGCUUCUCUGUCCCGGGACAAGCGUCUGGCACUUGUAGACCCUGAGGGUUUUCAGGCUGAUUUCUGUUGUUCCUUCAAAUUUGAUAAGGCUGCUCAUGAGACGCAGUUUGGCCGGAGUGACCAGCAUGGCUGUAAAACAACCAGCUCUGUGCACCUGACGGCCAAGGCCCAGGGCAGAGACCGAGCCAAACCAGGCCAGGCAGAACCAAUGAAUCAUGACCAGUUUCAUCUAGUGCCUAAUCACAUCGUGGUCUCCGCAGAAGGAAACACUUCUAAAAAAACCGAAUGCCUCGGUAGAGCACCAAAAUUUGACAAAAUGGGCUUAGUUCAGUACCGGAGUGCAUCCGAAGACAAAACCAGCCGGAGAGACUCAGUGAAAGGUGGCGAGUGCUCUCCUGGCCCCGAAGGGCACCGGAAGAACUCGUCCAGACCUGAUCACGGUCCUGAGAGCAAACUCUCAAGCAUCCUAGUGGAUUCUCACCUGGAGAUGACGUGUAACAGCUCCUUCCAGGACAAGACUCUGAGGAGUUCUCCAAAGAAUGAAGUUUUACACACAGACAUCAUGAAAGGGUCUGGCGAGCCCCAGCCUGACCUCCAGCUCACUAAGAGUUUAGAAACAACUUUUAAGAAUAUCUUGGAACUCAAAAAGGCUGGGCGGCAGCCCCAGAGUGACCCCACGGUUAGCGGCUCUGUUGAGUUAGAUUUCCCCAAUUUUUCUCCAAUGGCUUCGCAGGAAAACUGCCUGGAAAAGUUCAUCCCGGACCACAAUGAAGGCGUUGUAGAAACUGACUCCAUUUUAGAAGCAGCUGUAAAUAGUAUCCUAGAGUGUUAGUAGCCACUGGCCCCCUGUCCCGCCCCGAGACCCCGCCCCGGACAAGUUACAUCCUUUCCUGGCAAAAGCAAUGGAAACGGUCUCCUGUCUCCAGCCUGCUUGAUCUUUCAUCACAGGUUAUUCUUUCUAAUCUCAAUCCCAUUCUUUGUUUAAGAGCAAUACUCGUCGUGGUUACAGGGAAAUCCUCUAGUAAAACUGAUCCUUGUUAGAAAGCAGUCUGAUAGGCCCUACACAUUUCAAGUGUUUUGAAAGUGCUUAGUCAUUUUUUAAAAUUUGUUUUAUUUAAAAAACAAAAAAACACUGUAACUCAAUGAGAUCACAGUACACUUGGCCCUGGGUAAAAUUCUGACAAUCAUAAGUCAUUUGAAAAGAACAGACUUAUUAAAGAAAAUCAAACAGGACUGGUAGAAGAUACUUUUUAAAGAGUAUCCCACUGCAUCUCCAAAUUUUGGCUUUGGGGGGCUUUGGGGUUGUCGUUGGCCAGGAGACCGUGCGGCUCUCCCCCGGCCGUCCCUGAGAAGGUAGUCCUGGCUCCGCGGGGCCCCGCAGCCCCGGUGCGAGCACCCGUAGUGCACAAGCCCGGCUCUGCAGGGCUUCCUUGUUCAUCGUUGAAGUGCUUUUCUGACGCUCCUGGAGCAAAACUCACCUCUUCAGCACAUCCGCAUCGAAUUUCAUCUAGGGAAUACUUGGUUCUGAGUUGCGACAGCAUGACCUGAGGUAAUUUCACCAGGCCAAAAAAAGGAAAAUGGAAACCGGUGAAGUGGCGCAUGUACAGGGGAGGCCGGGCUAGAGCCCUGAGGGAUCGAAUGUGUAUAUAUGUAAAAGCAUACAUAUGUCAACUAUUGAGAAAAACCAAGCGUUUUGCAUUCUGUAAUUGGAUCUAGUCAACAUACGACGUAUGUUUUUAUUGGUUUGCUGGGUUUGUUUCAUUUUACCUCUCUUUGCACCCUCUCCCACUACAAAUAGCCAAGCGUCAAAAGCACUUUCAUUUGAAAACUAUGUUGUAAUUUCUUAUCUUAAACUGUAAGGGGACUUUGGCCUUGUUUCUGCUUCUUGUUGUCUGAGAACAGUAGUCACUCCCGGCAGCAAUCAUUACCAAAACACAGACAAACCAAAGGUAACCAGGCAGCCCACCACUGAGAGGAAAGAUCUGAGACACGGGAUCCCCACUCGAGAUCCAAAGGACAAGCCCUGUCAUUGUUUGUGUUUGGCCCACGUUCAUGAUCGUGAGCAUGACUUACUGCUUUAUUUAUUUAUAUUUCUUUUCAGGGAGCUUUCCCCAUUUUCCUUUCUUGUAUACCUGCCCCAGGUCAUCCCAUUUCUGUGGUCACUUUCAUUCUCAACGUCAUGGUAACCAUCAGUAUCUCCUAGCACUGGGAAAGCUACAUACGGUAUUUUAUAUGUAGCCUCGUACACACAUGUGUGCACGUGUCUGAGUUGCUCAGACCCAGAGGUCGUUUUGGCUGCAGUGUGUACACACACACUCUCCCUCUCGUGUGCACGGGCUCUCAUGUAUUCUGUCCAUCUCCAACGGUCUUCACUGUAACACGUUGCCAAGAUCUGCGUAUGGUCUUCCCCAGAAUAGGGAGGACCCCAUUGUCAUCAUACUGGGUAUUCUUUUCCAGAUUGGCCUGCAAAGGAAAGGAAUGCUUCUGAUUACUAGAAAAUACAGCAACAGAAGACCUAGACUCUCCCUGCCCCUUUGUGCCGCCCCCCCUACCCCAAACACACACACAGAGAAACCCUGUGAGACAGCUAGUCUUCACAAAAACAAAAUACCUUCUCCCCACUCCUAGCCCCAAACCAACAGAAAUUGGAAAAUCUGGGCCAUUUUACGGUUGCCGUGUUUUCCUUAUUUGUGCCAAUGUCCAAGUUGCAGAUUUCCCCUUUUUCUGUAUUGUAACAUAUUAGAAAGAUAAGUUGGUAUUGCCAGUUGGAACUUUCUGUUUGGGCAGCCCUAGGGUAACACCCUGCCCUGAACCUCAUGAUUUCAUAGGCUCUUCUUCUCUUAGGGCUCAUGCUCCCCUAAUCCCUAGCAAGACUUAAAGAUGGUCCCUCCUGAUCAGAUUCUUCUCUUUGUGGAAAUUUAUACCUAGACCCUUCACGGAGGCUACUGAUGAGUUAUAUUAAUUCCUGAAUCAGUGGAAUUCUUAAGAGACCAGACAAGCUUCAUAUACACUUGUCACCUCUCUUUCUGCCCUGCCCCCCGUCCCAGCUUCUCAAUAUACCAUCUAAAAGGGUUUUUUUAAGCCCUGACACUUGUCUAGCAAAUGGAGAGCCUAAUUUACCAAAAUGAAACUUGUAAAUUUUUGUGUCCUUGUAUGUAAGUUUACUUUUUAUGGAGGAAAGAUUCUAGAUAAUGACAAAUGAAGAUUACAAAAUGUAUUUUACUCCUGUGAUUAGGUCAUAACUCGCAUGUCGAGUCCCCUCUGGUGAAGGGUAAGAGCCCAGCCUCCAAUGGCCAGCGUUCAAUUGUCCAGGUUCAUUAGUCAAGGUUAAGUUUUAGUACUCAGUAACAAAAUCAUUUUCUUUUCUUUCUUUUUUUUUUUCUGUUGUUGUUGUGGAAAAGUGUGAACUUGUUAUUAAGCAUUUGAUUUCCUGUGUCCUUAAGUACUGCCUAAAGAUAAAGCAAAUUUUAAACUGGCAAUUACGAAAAAGAACUAUUUUAGCUCUGAAGAAUUUAGUAGACUUUGUUAGAUUAGGGAGGCCUUACAGACUGACUUGACUUAAAAGAGGACGCGUCACUCACUGUCAGUGUGGUGUGGGCUUUAUUUGCUUAAAUACCUUCAUUUGUAUAGUAUGUCUCACUUGAAAUUGCUUUGUAUACAUUUUGUAAAAAUAUUUAUAAAAUGUUUUGUAAAAAAAAAAGUAUAACAAAUUGCAGUUUAUUUUGUUAUGUUGGAUAAAUACUGUUAAAAGAAACGAGUCAGUAACUAUAUUGUUAAUCCAUGGUUAGGAAAUGUUUAGUUGGAGAUUACAAAAUGAAACAACCAUUGCAAUACAGCCAAAGAUUUGGGAAACUGUGCAA